GUCUAACCAUCGCUCUCUAUGCCCCUUAGCUAGUUGUGUACUUUCAUAUAUGUUUACAACUAUUUUUUCCAUGCUUUCUAAAAUUAUUUUGCGUGUUACGGUCAUAACUUGUUAGUGAUAUCUAUUUAUUUGAAAUGAUAAACAGUUCAAUGGCUUUGAGAGAUUAUAAACUUUCAAGUUGUUUUUAAUUUAUAUAUAUAUUUUUUUCAAUAUCCUAUCCUGUUUAGAAAGUUAAUUGAAAGUUUUUUGUAAUGGAUGAAGAUGAUUUAAGAAAUAGUCUUGGCACUAAGUCUCCCAUUAAAAGGCUGGGUUCUACGAGAAAACUGAUGAUUUUCAAUAAUAUUAGAUUACAGUUAGCUGAGCAGCUAAGAUGUCUAGAUACACGUAUGGAGACUCAAGUGGCAAUUGUUGCCGAACUUCAAGACUUUUUUCGUCGAAGAGCAGAAGUGGAGUUAGAUUAUAGUAGAAGUUUGGAUAAAUUGGUGAAAAGUUUGCAGCUCCGCCAUAAGGAACAUAAACAGAAAAGAGAGCAGUGGUCAUUAUUUUCUAGCUAUUCCUGUUGGCAGCAUCUUGUUGAACAAACUCGAACCCUUAGCAAAGAUCAUGCAGCACUAAGUGAAAUUUACUCUGCUCAUCUUGUGUCAAAACUGUCACAAGUAAUGGAAGAUAUACAAAGAAUCUACAAAAAGUGCAGGGAAAUUGGUUGUGAUAUCCAUGAUGAAAUAUUUAGAGUUUUACAUGAGCUGCAUACUGCAUUAAAAACAUACCAAUCUUACCAAGGAAACUAUAAGCAAGCUGAAACUAAGCUGAGGUUAGCAGAAGCUCAAAGGCACAAAGUAGAAUCGAGUAUUCCAAGAGAAAAAUUGGAUCGUUCAAAAAAAUUCAGGAUGAUAGAAAAAGAUGUACAAAAGCGAAAAAAUAAAUAUUUUGAUGCUAAACUGAAGGCCCUAAAAGCUCGAAAUGAGUAUAUACUAUGUAUUGAAGCAUCUAAUGCAACAUUACAUAAAUAUUAUGUUGAUGAUUUAUCUGAUCUUAUUGACUGUAUGGAUCUUGGUUUUCACCAUUGCAUUUCUCGAGCCUUGUUAAUGCAUGUUACAAGUGAAGAAGGUAGACAAAAGUCUAUUCAAAGUAACAUUGAUACUUUGAAUACUGCUUUAUCUGGUUUAGAUUCUAGACUAGAUAAGCAACGAUUUCUUGAAUUUAACCAUACAUCAUUUAUGAUACCAAAAAAGUUAGAAUUUCAAGGGAAAAAAGAAGAUGCUGAGCCAGAAUUCCAAAAGUUAUUGUAUGCAGACAUGGGAAUUAGAUUAUCUCAAAUGGAAACUAGAAUCAACACAGUUCGAGCUCAAAAUGAUGAGAUUUGGAAGACUCUUGAAACUGCUGAAGGCUCAUUACUUCAAAUUCUUACUUUAAAGGACUAUGAUUUUUCACAUUUUUUUGGUGAUAAUGCGUUGCCAAGUCCUAAGCCACCUGAAACUGCAUCAUUGAAACUACGAGCUGAUCGUCAUGAAAUCGAGGAGUUUUAUUUAACUAAACUACGUGAUUUUCUUUUGGGUACUUCACAGAUUGCUAGGCUGGAGGUCAAAUAUGAUUACAUGAGAAAUAGCCUAGCUGAGCUUAGUAGUAGUAAAUCAUUUCAAUAUACUCCAAACUCAGGGAUUAAACCUUCAAGAAGGAAAUGUAUUGGCCGCUUAAAUAUUACAACUCAACCGAAAUUAUUUGGUGGCUCACUUGGAGAGUAUAUUGACUCAACGAAUCAAGAUAUACCUCUUAUUAUAAGGAGUUGUAUUCGGAUAAUUAAUCUUUAUGGUCUACAUCAUCAAGGUAUAUUUAGAGUUUCUGGUUCUCAAGUCGAAAUAAAUAAUUUUAGAGAUGCAUUUGAAAAAGGAGAAGAUCCUCUUGCUGAUAUUACGGAUGCAUCUGAUAUGAAUUCAGUUGCUGGAGUUUUGAAACUGUACCUGCGGGAGUUAAGAGAACCAUUGUUCCCCAUUAUAUAUUUUGAACAGUUCAUGGAACUUGCUCAGUUGGAAUCUAAACAUGAUUUUGUCAUCAAAAUGAAAGAUCUGAUUCAAAGCUUGCCACGCUCUGUUAUUAUAGUAAUGCGAUAUCUGUUUGCUUUCUUAAAUCAUUUAUCAGAAUUCAGUGAUGAAAACAUGAUGGAUCCUUACAAUUUAGCUAUAUGUUUUGGACCAACUUUAGUACCAGUACCAGAAGAAAAAGAUCAAGUUCAAUAUCAAAAUCAAGUAAAUGAACUUAUUAAAAAUAUUAUUAUUUUUCAUGAAGAAUUAUUUCCUACUGACAUCGGAGGAACUAUGUAUGAAAAAUAUAUCUCUAGAGACGAAGACAAUGAUAUUGGUGAUUCACCUUCUGAAAAUUUACAUGAAGAUUUAGAUUCUGAAGUAUAUCCUUCAGAAGAUGAAGGAGAAUUUGUUGAAGCAACAGCACAGUAUGACUUUGCUGCAAGAAAUGAUAGAGAAUUGUCUUUAACAAAAGGUGAUUCAGUAACACUUUAUAGUCAAGUAAGUUGUGACUGGUGGAGAGGUGCUGUCAGUGGAAAGGAAGGCUUAGUUCCUGAUAAGUAUAUAUCUAUUAAAAUCAGAGAGGAUGGAGUGGAAAAAUCCAACAAGUGGGAACAUGAUGGUGAUUCAGAGGAGAAAAAAUAUGACUGUCAGUUCUCUGAGUCUUCUUUGACCGAUAAUAUUAGAAAUAAAGAAGUUUCUGCUACAGUUAAUUCUUCAUGGCUUCCUCAUCAGCAGAUCGGCAAUAACAGUCAGGCUUUUAUACCACAAGAUUCAAUCAGUGAUCAAAUCAAUGAAGAUUCUAAAGAGGAAAUAGAAAUUGUCUUGAAAACUGAUGUAGAUAUUUCAGAGAACUGUGACCUUGGGGGAAGCAAAUCAAGUAGUGAGCUUGUAGGGUCAAAUUUAAAUGUUUGUGAAGUGGUUCAGCAAAACAUUGUAACUGAAGGUAAUGAAAUUAGAGAAAACAAAUUGAUCCAUACCCCUGAUUUAGUGAUGGAUUUACCUACACAACCAGAUGAAAAUGCAGUUAUUCUUGAAAGUCCUGACAUGACUGCAGCUGAAAGAUUUGCUAAACAAAACCAAUGCACCCUUAAAAAAAAUACAAAACAGCCUAAACAAGUUAAUGAUUCUAAAUGUAACAUACCUCCAAAACCUCCUUUAAAAAUUAAACCAGAGAUUAGCUUAAAACCAGUUUGUCUGAUGCAUGUAAGUAAGGAUGUAAAGCAGUGAUGCUUUCACAAGGACCUCAUGUUUCUUAUUUAUGGUAUUAAUGUGGUUGUAGUCUUAGUCACCUAUUGGAUCAGAUUCUGUUUUAUACUGGUGUUACUAUAAUCUAUUCUAAUUGUUUGUUGUUUUCCUCUUAUUUCUUCUGUUGAACUCAAAUUUUGUUUGCUCAUCAAUUUAGAUUUUUGUAGUUGUUAGUUGGUAUCUCUUUAUUUUGUGUUUGUGUUGUGAUCGUGUUAGUAUAUGUUUUGAUAUGCCAGUUCUUAUGUUUUUAUGUAUAUUUGUA